ACAAAACUGUUUCCUUUUAUAAACAUAGGCACCACGUCUGACUCAACGGAACGCAUCAAGAUCCUUACUCUGAAUUGCUGGUUAGCCAGACCUUACCGGUUAACAGUUCAGAAGGACGUACGCAUUGAUGCUAUCUGCGAGCUUCUUCGAGAGUCAGAUAGCGACAUUAUCUUCCUUCAGGAGGUAUGGUUGCAAUCUGACUUUGAGAAAAUCAGGUCUUGCCUAAGGUCCACCUAUCCACAUUGUGUCAAAUUUUACACUCACCUCUUUGGUUCGGGAGUGUGCAUCUUCUGCCGAUGGCCGCUUGUAUCCUUCAUGACAUUGCCCUUCUCCAUUAACGGGUAUCCACACUACCUACAUCAAGCUGAUUGGAUUGCUGGAAAGGCGAUGGGCUACGCCUCCACAAUCACGCCCGGUGGAUUUCGUUUAAAUCUCUACAAUGCGCAUGUAAGCAUUCAAAAGGAAAUGCUCAAUGGGUACCCACACAAGAUGACGUAA